GGAUAUCUGCGCGGGACCGAGGGGCCUCGCGGGGCUCGGAGGGGUCGUGCCGCUGUGAUUUCCAGGCCUACAAGGGCCACGAUGAGCCCUGCAGCGCUGUUUUGAUUUAAAGCCCGCGCAUUCCUGGAGUGCCUACAACGGGCAGGGGCUGACCAGGGGCUUGGAUCCUUCCUUUUAUUUUAGGUUUAUUUGUUUAUGUAUUUUAUACAUACGGGUGUUUUGUCUGCACACCAGAAGAGGGCAUUGGAUCCUAUAGGACUACAGUUAGAUUGUUGUGAGCUGGGGAUUGAACUCAGGACCUUUGGAAGGCCAGCCAGAGCUCCUACCUGCUGAGCCAUCUAUCCCAGUAUGGCCUGGAUUCUAUUAGCCUGGAGUUAAUUUCACAAAGGUCGAAUGCAAGUAUGAAGUCUAGCCUUGACCACAUGUAUCUCAGGGUCGCCCUUUGCUUUUAAAUGUAAUUUGGAGUAUGAGACACAUUGUUUUUUGCUUUUUAAGAAAAAAAAAAAUGCACCUAGUCCAAGUUGGUUUAAGCGUUGCGUGGGAGAAUGCUCUCGAUGUUCUCAUCUUUCUGCCUCCACCUCCUGAGUGCUGGGUUUAUAGGCAUGCACCUCCACACCUGGUUUAUGAUCCUGGGGUCGAUCCCGAGGCUUCAUACACCCUUGUACAUGAAUGUCCACUGAGCUGCCGUGUCAGCCCAGUAAAGUUAUGGCUGUUGGUGACUGUAGGUAGAUCUGCCAGGCUUCCCCUUACUGUCCCUUUAAUGUUUUGUCGUGGAUAGUGAAGCUCAGAUUAUACUGUAUUUCAGCAUGUUUAUCUGUCCUCUUAGUCCAUGACUUACUGAAAGCCUAUCUUACAUUUUAUUCAUUUUGGAGUUAUUCCCCCAGCAAGAGACUGAUAUGGAAGGGACUUAUAACUAUUUUAAGAAUAAACAACAGCCGGUGGUAGGCUAGUGGACAAUGUGGUUCUUCCUAUGGAGAAGAACCUUAAAAUGACGUUUGCAAGAAAAGACGUUUCUUAGAUGUGUAGGCUGGCAGGGUGCUGCCGCCAGACCUGAUGGCUGACCUGAGAUCGAUCCUCAGAGCCUUGACAGAAGAAGAGGAAGGAGAAGAAAAAGAGGAGGAAGGAGAACAACAACACCAACCACCAGCUCUCACAUGUGUAUGUACUGUGGCCGCUCUCCCCAGUGACGGUGUCAUGGCUGUGUCCCAGACAUUUCCACCAGGGCCUACCCAUGAGCCUACAGGUGGCUUGAUGGAGCCUCUGCCUUGCACUCGAAGCUUGGCUGAUGGCUUCCUGGAGGAGGAGCUCUGGCUCAAUGCAGAGCUGAGCCAGCUGCAGUUUCCAGAGCCUGUGGGUGUCAUUUACAACCCAGUGGACUAUGCUUGGGAGCCACACCGGAACUACGUCACUCGCUACUGCCAAGGCCCCAAGGAAGUGCUCUUCCUGGGCAUGAACCCAGGACCCUUUGGCAUGGCCCAGACCGGGGUUCCUUUUGGGGAAGUGAAUGUGGUCCGGGACUGGUUGGGCGUUGGGGGCCCCGUGCUGACCCCUCCCCAGGAGCACCCUAAGCGGCCAGUGUUGGGACUGGAGUGCCCACAGUCAGAGGUGAGCGGAGCCCGAUUCUGGGGCUUCUUCCGGACCCUCUGUGGACAGCCCCAGGUCUUCUUCCGGCACUGCUUUGUCCACAACCUGUGUCCUCUGCUCUUCUUGGCUCCCAGCGGACGAAACGUUACCCCAGCGGAGCUACCGGCCAAGCAGCGGGAGCAGCUCCUGGCAGUCUGCGAGGCGGCCCUCUCCCGGCAGGUGCAGCUGCUAGGCGUGCGGCUGGUAGUGGGAGUGGGCCGGCUGGCCGAGCAGCGGGCUCGGAGAGCCCUGGCAGGGCUGGCCCCAGAGGUGCAGGUGGAGGGGCUCCUGCACCCCUCCCCUCGGAGCGCACAGGCCAACAAGGGUUGGGAGGCAGCAGCCAGGGAAAAACUCCAAGAGUUGGGGCUGCUUCCUCUGCUAACGGAUGAAUGCCAGGGCCAAGCCUAGCCGUAGUGUAGACCCCAGUCAGUCAUGCUGGGCCCCGAUGCAGGGCUCUCAGCCUCUGGACUGUCCUCUAAUGGUCAGGCAGACUGAUCCCUGGCUGGGCAGCUCUCCUGCUGUCUUCCUCCCUCCGAAGUGCCUCCGCAGAGGGUGGGCCUGUGUGUUCCCGCCACGUCAUUUCUUGGGAGCCUCUGUGUGCGGGUCCUAGGUAGGGCUGUCUGAGGUCAUGUUUGCAGUUUUGGAGGAAAGAUCAUUUAAUUUUAAUCUUUCCAUUUUUGGGGCUUUGUUUUUGGCACUGCUCUCUAACGCUGAUCUACCUCAGCCUUUUUUACACUAAUUGUACAUAUUAGUGGGUUCAGCGCGCCGUUUUCACAGAUGUAGUCAGUGAACACCGAUCCACACUUCCCCUCCCCCAGCCAGAGAGCACUCUUCCCAGGGUCCCUCCUCUGGCAGAAUCCUGUCCUCUCAGGGACCAGGACAGACAUCAUGCUGAGAAUGAACUCCUUAGCCAAGCAUCCUGCGUGUCCUUGUAAUCUCAGCACUAAGAGGCAGGAGGAUGAGGAGUUCAAGGCCAUCUUCAGCUACAAUGGAGGCCAGCCUGCAAUACAUUAUGCUCUGUCUCAAAAGUAAGUAAGUAAAUAAGGAACAAAAAGACCCGAAGCUGGAUCUCAGGAGACUUCUCUGUGGUAGACUAGGAAAGAUCUAGAUUUUCAUCCUUUGUGUGUGUGUGUGUGUGUGUGUGUGUUUUAAUCCUAUAAGGCCUAUGAGUUUUUAAAUUUUUUUAUUUUAUUAUUUUUUAAUAGGGUUUCUCUGUGUAGCCCUCAUUGUCCUGGAACUCACUCUGCAGACCAGGUUGGCCUCAAACCCAGAACUUC